AUGAACCAAGGAGGAGCGGGAGGAGCAGGAGGAGGAGGAGGCGGCGGCGGGACCGGAGGAGGAGGAGGAGGAGAGGUGGAUUUUCUGGAGGAGAUGAAGAAGGCCUGCAAGAUUGCUCAUCCGAAGCUGGACGUCCGGACGGUGAGGGUGGAAUUGGAAGGCAGAGACAAAGCCACCAUGAUUAUGGCUCAAACCAAGGCUCUGGGUAUUGAUCUGCUAGUCAUAGGGCAGAGGCGAAGUCUCUCCACAGCAAUCUUAGGAUAUAGACGAGCAGGAGGGGCAAUGAAAGGGGCAAAAAUGUUGGACACGGCAGAGUAUUUGAUCGAAAACAGCAAGUGCACUUGUGUUGCUGUACAAAGGAAGGGUCAAAAUGCAGGCUAUCUUUUGAACACCAAAACCCACAGAAACUUCUGGCUCUUGGCUUGAUCAUCAACCCUUCACCAUCUUCCAUUUCCCAUUUCCCAUUUCUCCACAACCUCCCAUUACCAUUCCAUUUUUAAAUACAUCUCUCUCCCUUUGAACAAACUCAUUGUCUUUUCUUUUUGGCUCACUUUCCCCCAUUGAGAUCAAUUGCAAGCUCACCCACUUGAAUUUGUUGAUUCAUCUCUAGGCUUGCCUUGCCUUGCCCUGGCUUGGCUUGAAUUUGGUGUCACCCUCUUUUUCUUUCUUUGCAGGCAGUGCAUCAUCAUUUGUUUGUAUAUACUUUUGGACCCACAUAUUUAUCCAACUGAAAAUGAGUUACUCCACUCUCCUUUCCUUUUUGUCCAUGUUGUAACUUGUUUGGAUGAGUCGGUUUAAUCUUGUAGUUUCAUUUGGUUGAA